AGUAUCUAACCCUAGUAACCAACCCUAUUGACUAUCAUGUAUUACCCAGAAGUAUAUAACCCUAUUAACUGAUACUGUACCUUUAUGUAUAUUGAUAUACAUUGGUGUGUGAAGAGGAGAAUAAUAAAGAAGUCGGGACGCGUGCUAAGGCAGUCAAUCGAGGUAAAAGGUUUUUCUUCAAAUACCAUUAUUCCGGAUAUUCCUCGAUACUACAAUUUGGCGACGAGGAGUAAAAUGGCGAGUCAAUUUGAUAUGAUCCGCUCGCUGGGACUGCAGCUGCAGAUGUUCGAUUACGCAGCCCACACCGAUGAUGUUGGUAUCGAGUGGAAGAAGUGGCUGAGGUCGUUCGAAACGAUGAUUCGCGCCAGCCGAAUCGAGGACGAAGAUUGGAAGAAGGAUUUGUUGCUCCAUUAUGCGGGGCCAAGCGUCCAACAACUUUUCGACACACUACCGGAGCCGGCUGGAGUUGAGAUGCGCGGUCCAUUACUCAAUAUCGAGAAUUACACCCCCAACAUGACAAGUUACGAGGAGGCACGAGCAAGAUUGAAUGAAUUCUUUCUGCCUAAGGAAAAUUCCACAUAUGAGCGUCAUUUACUGCGCCAAAUGAAGCAGAAAACAGGCGAAAGUAUUGAUGCAUUCACCAUUCGGUUGCGCGUGCAGGCAGAACGAUGUGGAUUUGGUGACCGAAUGGAAGAAAACAUCAAGGACCAGAUCAUCCAAAAUUGUCAGUCAGCCACACUGCGGCGAGAUUUGUUGAAAAGAGGAGACGCAAGCCUGGAGGAAGUCCUCAGCGUUGCGAAGAUUUUCGAAACGGUCGCUCAACAAGAGAAAUCGUUUGCCGCAGGAGAAGCUCCAAAACCGGCCUUCAGCGAAGUAAACAAAAUCGAUGCCAAACCAUAUGCAGCCAAGCGGAAGCGUUUUGCCGAAGCGACAACAUUUGAUUGCCACCGUUGCGGAUACAUUGGACAUUUAGCGAAGGACGCGAUGUGCCCUGCGAAAGGUAAGACGUGCAACAGAUGUGGCGGAAAAGAUCACUUUGCGAAAAAGUGUCGCAAGGACAGGCAGAGGAACCGAUCAGACAGCAACCGGUGGAUGGGAAGUCAGCGGAACAUGAGCCGAGACAACAACCUCGACAACCAGAAUGCUGCUGCCGAUUCGGACGUAGUGAAACACAUUGUUGAUGAGAACACCGAAUACGUUUUCAACGUGACUACGAGCGAUAGCGAUGGUGAAAUCCCGUGCGAGAUUGGUGGCGUCGUUAUGUCUGCAGUGAUUGAUUCCGGUUCGAAACAUAACUUGUUGUGCCAGGACGAUUGGGAGAAAUUGAAAACCAACAAGGUGGUCGUGUCUAAUCAACGCCGAGAGUCGACGAAAGUGUUUAAAGCGUACGGAGGACAACCUUUGCCAUUGGUUGGUGUGUUCACUGCCAUGGUCAAGAUGGGAAAUAAAAGCGAUCUGGCAGAAUUUUAUGUCAUAAAAGGAAAGGGCAAAAUUCUUAUCGGCCGCGACACGGCAAUGGCUAUGGGAGUCUUGCGAAUUGAAGUUCCAGUUAACGAAGUCAGCACUGAACGUGGCAAGUUGGGGACGAUCAGAGACAUCAUCGUCGACAUUCCGAUAAAACCUGACAUUGCACCUGUUAUUCAACCGUACCGGCGCGUACCAGUUGCGCUGGAAAAGAUGGUAGACAAGAAGAUCGAUGAGCUGCUUGAUCAGGGCGUUAUCGAGCCAGUAAACGGACCAGCCAAGUGGGUUUCACCUGUCGUCGUUGUGCCCAAGGGAACAGACGAUGUUCGCAUUUGCGUUGACAUGCGACGGGCCAAUGAAGCGGUGGAAAGAGAAAACCAUCCGUUGCCGACAUUCGAGGACUUUCUUCCGCAUUUGUCGAAGGCAAAGGUGUUUUCUCGCUUGGACGUCAAGACUGCUUUUCAUCAGGUUGAAAUUUCGGACCAAUCACGUGAUAUCACGACCUUUAUUACGCGCAAAGGAUUAUUCCGCUAUACUCGACUGAUGUUUGGAAUUAAUUGCGCUCCAGAACUGUUCCAAAAGUCGAUGGAACAGGUUCUAAGCGGAUGUGAAGGUUGCUUAGUAUUCAUCGAUGACGUCAUCGUGUUUGGGUCAGACCAAAAGGAGCAUGACAUGCGUCUGGAGAAGGUUCGUCUCAGACUCCAGGAGAGGAACGUUGCACUAAAUGAAGACAAGUGUAUUUACGGAGUGAACGAAGUUGAAUUCUUGGGUCAUGUCUUGUCGGAAGAUGGAAUCAAACCAAGCUGGAGUCAAUUCGCAAUUUCCGAGAGCCAAGAUCCGCAGAAGAAAUUAGAAGUUUUCUCGGUCUGGUUAACUACGUGGGGAAGUUUAUUCCUGAUUUGGCCACACUGA